AUGUCUGACGCGGAAAAAGACAUGGUUAAAAAAGAAAUUUCACCGAGUGGAGAAAGCGAUGCGUCAAGAAAACGAACUACCAUGAACUCUAAUAACAUCACAGAAGAAACCAUUGCAGUUCCUUCCUCUGUUGCCGAACCAAAAUCUAAACGAACUAAAACCGGUAACAAGAAAAUAGUUAAAAAAGAAUUAUCAAAUGAAGAGAUCAAUGAUAUAGUUACCAAAAUUGAAGUCGAUCAUGAUGGUGGCAAUAAAACGAAAGAUGAAAGUAAUAGUAAACCCAAAAGGAAGCUUGGAGCUUGGACACCCGAAGAAGAUAGAUUGUUACUGGAAUCAUUGGAAAAGAUUGCCGGAGAAGGCAAAUGGAAACGAGUUUCUGAAAUUAUGAAUAAUGGAAGAAAUAAUGAUAACUGCC